AUGGGCGCUUUUAACAUCUUUUGUUCUGUCUCAGGAAUCGCCUCUUUAAGUGGCCGCACAGAUUUUGUCAGGGAGUUGGCAGACGUUCGAGAAAAGGAAGGCGCAUUCGAGAAAUGGCUUGAAAGAUCAGGCCUUGACAAGGACAGUGACGAUGAGGGAACAGGCGAAGGACCCGACAGUGAUGGAGAGGAUGAGGUCGCCAAUGAUGACGAAGAGGAUGAAAAUGAAAAUGACGGCAGCCAGGAGGGCAACGACGAAAACGAAGGCGAUGAAGAUAAAAAGAAGUUCGAGGAUAGUACCGAGGAAGCCUCUGACGAUGGAAAGGACUCGCAGUUCGAGAACAAAUUUCCCUCCGACGAACCGGGCGAAGACGGCAAGAAGAGACUUCAUUGCCAGACCCCAGAGGAUCAGAGAAAGAUCUCGGAAGAUGACCCUUCCGUGGUGGUCUUCAACGUUGCACAGGGCGAGGAUGGCGACGGGGACUUCUACAAUACGAAAGACCCGGACCAAACAUACGAGCUUUACAUCGAUUUCGGGGCCUUUCCCAUUACAUUCACCGCAUACUCAAUCCUCAAGACAGCAGCUCCCCGCCUCACCACUGAAGCUCUCUACCGGCUACUCACCAGGAACUACAGCCUGGAGAAACAUCCUUACACUUCUUGCGUUAUUCCCCACAUAAAUUAUGGACCUGCGAUGAAGUCCUGGGGCCAGGAGGCCAUGCUUACCGAUGUCAUCGGCGGUGAAGAUCCGGGGAUGAGGUGGAUGAAACUUCUGUGCAGCGAGAUUCGAAGCACAGAAGAUAUCCUAUACGAGGCGUGGAGAGGCAAGGGAAGGCUAUGGACGUUCGUUCGACCCAACGUGUUCCCAAUUGCGGAAACUAUGCCCAGACUCGAGUUUGUGCAGGUCCAGCCAACUGGGACGCCUGCUAACGAGAAACUCCGGGAGGCGAAGACGAAGAAGCGCUCGCUGCGAUCGAACAAGAAGCCGUCCAAAUUUGUCUCUCUGCCCCUCGACGUGAUGAUGCUCAUGUGCGAGCAACUCACCGUCACAUCCUUCCUUUACGUUCUUUCGUUGAACAGGGCGAUCCGUACUCUUCUCCUGCCACAUGUUGACCAGAUUGCCUACAGGGCAAUGCAGGCCCUGGAACCGUACUACUUUCCUUCCAAACCCCUCGCCUCGGAUGACACCGACAGGCAGCGAGUCGAGCUGGACGCUUGGGAGCAUGAAUGGAAGGAGGCUGGGUUCGAGAUCGAAGGCCUCCGACAGAAGGCUCCAUGGCUACAGUACCGAAUCCAGUGCAGCCGCAGCCCAAGUAUGAGAAACCGUAGGAGGAUUUGGGAUAUCGCACAACAAAUGGAAACGCUGGCUGUCAAGCAAGGUAUUCUUGAUGAUUCUGAUUAA